AUGGCUUCUUCAAUGCUCAAUGGUGCUGAAAAUCUGACACUCAUUAGAGGAAUUACCCCACAUGGGUUAGGUUCUAUUAAAUCAGAUUUGCAUGGAAAGCAGUUUCCCAGGUUGAAUUUGGUCUCUUGUGGUCAAAAUUUGAACGCUAGAACUCAAGCACCAAGGUGCAGUCUCUCAGCAUCUGGGCCAGCUUCACAACUCAGAUUUAUCCAGCACAAAAAGGAGGCAUUUUGGUUCUACAGGUUCCUAUCAAUUGUGUAUGACCAUGUUAUAAACCCUGGUCAUUGGACUGAGGAUAUGAGAGAUGAGGCACUUGAGCCAGCUGACCUAAGUGAUAGGAAAAUGUUAGUGGUUGAUGUUGGUGGAGGGACAGGGUUCACCACUUUGGGCAUAGUCAAACAUGUUGAUGCCAAGAAUGUCACCAUUCUUGACCAGUCCCCUCAUCAGCUUGCCAAGGCAAAGCAAAAAGAGCCAUUAAAGGAAUGUAAGAUAAUUGAGGGUGAUGCGGAGGAUCUUCCUUUCAGAACUGAUUACGCAGAUAGAUACAUAUCUGCCGGAAGUAUCGAGUACUGGCCAGACCCGCAACGUGGCAUCAAGGAAGCAUACAGGGUUUUGAAGCUAGGAGGAAAGGCAUGCGUAAUUGGUCCUGUGUACCCGACAUUUUGGUUGUCUCAGUUUUUCGCAGAUGUGUGGAUGCUCUUCCCAAAGGAGGAAGAAUACAUUGAGUGGUUUGAAAAGGCUGGAUUUAAGGAUAUCAAACUAAAGAGGAUUGGCCCAAAAUGGUAUCGUGGAGUUCGUCGACAUGGGCUAAUCAUGGGAUGUUCUGUAACUGGAGUGAAGCCUGCAUCCGGGGAUUCUCCUUUGCAGCUUGGUCCAAAGGCAGAAGAUGUUACAAAACCUGUAAAUCCAUUUGUGUUCUUUCUACGCUUCAUUCUGGGUGCCAUGGCAGCAACAUACUUUGUUCUGAUUCCAAUUUACAUGUGGCUCAAAGAUCGGAUAGUUCCCAAGGGAAGACCAAUAUGA